AUGAGCAAUAAAAGACAGCAGGCAGGGCCGGCACAGAAGCCGGCACAGAAACCGGCACAGAAACCUGCGGCUCGUCGUCGUUUCGACGACAUCCCCGGCGCGCCUGUCGACCAGGAUGAUCCGCUCUUUUUCUACGGCCACGCCAGGGGCCGCCCUUUUCGCGAGUUCUCCCAGUGGACGCUCUCCUCGUUUUCCGUGUCCAAGACGCGCAUCGCCGAGAUCACACAGGCGGACGGCCCAAAGGCCGUGGAGGGCCUCGCCGAGAUCCUCUUGUUUGGCUGCGCAGAACAGUUCAUGAUGUUCUGCAAAGCCGUCCGCUUCGGCGACCGCGAGAUCCAGCGCCGGAUCCUAGACAACCCGGACCCGUCCAAGCAAAAGGCCCUGGGCAAGCGUGUGAGCAACUUUACCAAGGAAGGCUGGGACGCCGUCAAGAGCGCCGUUGUGGAAGAGGGCAGUUAUCACAAGUUCCAGCAGAACCCUGCGUUCAAGCGGCUGCUCCUGUCGACGGGCGACAGGCUGCUGGUGGAAGCGGCCCCACGCGACCGCAUCUGGGGCAUCGGCUUCGGUGCGACGAACGCGCCGAACAGACGGGCCAAAUGGGGACAGAACCGGCUGGGCUGGGCGCUGAUGCACGCGCGAGCGCUUUUGCGGGCAGAGGAGGAGCGGGAGGAAGAGUGGGAAGAGGAGGAGCAGGCAGAAGAGGAGUGGUAG